AUGUCAGUAACUUCCAACACAACGGGGUACAUUAAAGAGGAGAAGGAUGAACAGAUAUUUGAGUAUGAAACACAACACUUGGGCUUCACUCCAAAGGCUUUUUGCAAUGGAGUGUACAAUGCAGCCCUUGAAUAUAUCCAAAAAGCUGUUCAGGAAAUAGAGAUCUUCUUGUCAGAGGAGUAUAGUAAGGUGAUGAAGCCUACCCAGAUCAAAGAAGCUUGUGAAGUGAUCCUCUCCACCAUGGUCAGCAAGUUGGACAAAAACUUUGACAUCAUAGAGACUUACUUGACGAAGAAUGUGCUGACCAUACCAGGCAAUGUGUUACUGCCAGAAGACGAGGCACAGGCAGGGGACACCUACACACCAGAACAGGAAGAUAUGCUUGAUACUGAGAUACAGGAGCUGAAGGACAAAGUUCUGGCAUUGAAGUAUGCUAACAGUAAGUUGAAGCAGGAAAUGAGCCUUAUUGAUCAUGUCCAGGCUCGCUUUGACAUGGCACAACAACAGCUCCAGAAGUUGAAUGACAUUAACUCGGAGUCCGGAGUUCCAGAAGUGAAGGACAGCUUGAUGUUUACAUCACAAAAGGUUUUGGAAUUAGUGUCCAAGGUCAAGGCCAUGCAGGUCAAGGAUAAGGCCGCUACCUCGGAAACAGAUUCUAUAGACUUGUAGUCAAAACAUUAUGAGAAAUGCUGUCAAAAGUCUGUGUUGUAUUUCAAUGUCCACACUGAUUUCCCUAUAAAACCUUGUAUCAUAUUUUUGUAAUU